CCCUCCCCCCCCCCCGCCUUGCCUUUCCUUUUCUUUUUUUCUCUUUUCUUUUCUUGGCUAGUCCUUAAUCCUGAAUAGGCUGAGGGUAACAGUGCCCUUGAGCUCUCUGGGGCAAGAUAGUGGUGUGAACACAUGCAUUUCACUUGGUUCAGAAACCCACUGGAGCUACAGAGAUGAGAGUAUUUAAAAAUACGAACCCACAAGAACGAGGAUGGUGAAACUAGAAGCAAUGGCAUUCUGGAACUAGAAGCAGAUGUGGGAUCUAUCUCUGAUUUAGAGAAAGUUAAAUAUUGAUUUGGCCCUGGGGGUAGUGGGCAGAGGUUCCACCAGGCUUAUAGUGCAUAACUCCAGAAGGCCUGUAAAGCAGCAGCCCCCUUGGAUAAGGGACCUAAAGCAAAGGUCACUGGGGACAGCUUAGUAGCUAUUAGAGCACUAGCUCUCACCAUGGUGGAAAAGACAUUUCUGGGGAAUCCAUACAGUUCCAGAGAAACAAUCUAAGUCCCCCAUCCCCACCCAAAACAGCUCAGUCUGAUGAUGCGUGGAAGAGUUGACAGGCCCCACCCAUGCAGAUGCUCAGAGCAUCCAGUGUGUACGACCACUGCUCUUCACUGAGUGCUAGCAGCUAGGGAUUACUAGGUAUCCCAAGAAAUCAAAACAGGCAUAUGCAAUUUAGGACCGAAUACUUGGUUUCCCACAGUGUGGUUCUUGGCUACUGAGAUAAACUGAAGGUACUUUUACUUGUCCUGGUAACCCAUGUAAAAGGUUAGCGGCGUCCCAUAAGCUGGACAAAAACCUUCGUCCCUCACUUUACAGUACUGACAUCUGAAGACGUGUCUGAGACUCUGAGAGUAUAAAUCAUGGGACAGUAUCUUCUGUAAAUAUGUGUCCACCCUGGUUCUUGUUCUCGAUGUCCGCAGGGCACCCAGCAGAGGUCGAAUAAGGACCCCAGCACCAUCCCCGCUGGAGUCCUUCCCGGGUUUGGCGGAGAAAGUCCACAGAUAAGGCCGGCCUCUGCUUCCUCCGGGGACCACCUGGAGGAGAGUCUCGGCCUCCAGCACUGUUCCUGAAGUCACUUCCGGCCUCCCGGGAGGACCCGGCGAUGCUCUGGCCGUUGCCUUGGAAACAGGGACGGGGGGGGGCGGGGUGUCCUCUAGCGGUCACCAAGAGGACUGCUCCGCGACUAGAACGCGGCCUAGGUGGGGCGCUAGCUCAGGACAGCGGUGAGGCCACGCUCCUCCCACCCCCCUCGCUUGCCAAUAGGCGCCGGAGCCACUGUGCGCACGCGCAGAAGUCUAUCGUACCGUCCGUCGCGGCCGUCGGUCCCUCUUCUUGGCUACAAGAAGACACCCAGUACAACAAUGCCAUCCCCACUGGGCCCCCCACGCCUGCCCUCUGUGGACGCCGUGGCCAUCCUGGAGGAGCCUGAGACAGCACGCCUGCGCUUCCGAGGAUUCUGCUACCAGGAGGUGGCAGGUCCCCGAGAGGCCCUGGCCCGGCUUCGAGAGUUGUGCCGCCAGUGGCUGCGGCCGGAGGCAUGCUCCAAGGAGCAGAUGCUGGAGCUGCUGGUGCUGGAGCAGUUUCUGAGCACACUGCCCCCCGAGAUCCAGGCCUGGGUGCGGGGCCAGCGGCCAGGCAGCCCUGAGGAGGCUGUAGCCCUGGUGGAGGGCCUGCAGCAUAACCCUGGGCAGCUGCUGGGCUGGAUCACAGCCCGUGUCCUGAAGCAAGUGGUGUUCCCAGCAGCACAGAAGACAGAGGAGUCCCUGGGGAGAUCCCACCCUUCAGGGACAGUGGAGCUUCUCGGGGCCACCUCUCGGGAGGGAUCCCAGGACACCCAGAUGGAGAGGUCUGCCCAGCUUAGCUGCAGUGUGAAGGAGGAGCCAGAUGCUGAUGGGCAGGAGAUGGCAUCUUCCAAUCCCCCAGAUCCAGCCCAGUGCCACGAGGGGCACCCUGGACACCGGGAACCAGCUUCCGCGUCCUUCCACCCACCCAGGAUUCAGGAGGAGUGGGGGCUACUGGACCCGUCACAGAAGGAACUGUACUGGGACGCAAUGCUGGAGAAGUAUGGCACGGUGGUCUCCCUGGCAGGAAUACCAGCACCCCAGCCGGAGGCACGGGAAGAGUUGGAGCCUGGGGCACUGCGUACGGGGACAGAGGGUCGAAGAAGCCUCCACCCGGGAGAUGAAAGUGAGAGCCACUGCGAGGGUCCACCCCAGUGCCCAGAGGCCCAGCCACCCCAGGGCCCGGGAUCUGUCACCUGGGAGGGCCCGUCUGGGGCCUCUGUGUCUGCCAGGGCAAUGCUGGGAACAGGGCUGGAGGCCGGUGCCCUGCAAAGGAAGCCUUAUACCUGUGAGCUGUGUGGCCGAGGCUUUGACUGGAAAUCAGUCUUCGUCAUCCACCACCGGACCCAUGCGGAAGGGCAGGGUCCACAGGCCCUGGGCAUCGGGGGUGCUCAGAAACUGCCUCUGGGUUCCCGGGAGCUGGGCACACCCCGGCCCCCCCGGCGCAUGCUCCCAAGCCCUCGGAGCUAUGCGUGUGAGGAAUGUGGGCGCAGCUUCAGCUGGAAAUCACAGCUGGUCAUCCACCGCAAGGGCCACGUGGGCCAGCGGCGCCACCUCUGUGGGGACUGCGGCCGUGGCUUUGACUGGAAGUCCCAACUGGUCAUCCAUAGGAAGAGCCACCGACCCGAAGCCCCAUGAAGGACCCGAGAAGGUAUCCUCAUCCUGCGGGCUUGGGAGCUUCCAGGGCCUGGACACAGUUCCUGGCGUUCUGGUUCCAGCCUUCCCCGGGGCUGCUCAGCCUCUAUGAUUCUUGGGGGCAGCAGAGGACACUGGUGAAUCAGAGUUCCCAGAAGGUUCCCCUGUCCCAGUUCAGUCUCCCCCAAACCACCUGGGCGUAAGUAGAAAGAAGCUGCCCCUCCUUCCACCACCCCGUGAGGCCCGAGUUAGAAUCUGCUGCCUAAGCCUGGUGACUUCCCGGCUCUGAGACCCCAGCUGUGACCCAAUGCAGGCUGACAGGCCAAGGACUCCCCCUACCCCUGGGACCUCAGUGGCCCCCGGUGGCUGCUCAGAAACUGCCCCUUUCUACCCUGAAGCUUCUGGGCCGGAUGUCUCGGUGUGGAAGGCACAGACAGUCCAGGAGAAUAUGCCUUGCCUCUGUUUGCAGGCAGAUAGAAAACUAGUGCCCACCCAUGUUUGAGAUUUUUUAGAAAUUUCACUUUCAUAAUGGAAAGUUUCUGUGUAAGAAUCCUGAUCUUUGCUUUCCACGGGUCAGAAUAUUGGCAGUGCCACUGAACAACUAAGCCACCCAGGCUUAGUUGUCCCAUGUGAACCCUUUUAAAGCAUGGAGUUUUCUCUGGCUGGUGACAGGAAAGGAAGUCCAAAGGACUCGAAGCAUGGGGCACCUGGGUGGCUCAAUUAAUUAAACAUCUGCCUUUGGCUCUGCUCAUGAUCCCAGGGUUCUUGGAU